AUGGCUAUUGGAUUCGGGGCAGGCGACGCAAAAACCUUCGACGAACUAUGCACCAAGACUCUUCCUAAGACAGUACCAUUAGUCGAUUGGGUCCAUCCUCUGAGACCAGUAUUCCCGCAGUUUUCGACGUCGUGUGAGGUACAACUAGAUAAACCGUCGACCAGAGGAUCAAUUUCAUGGGCUUUCAAGAGUUUUACCCCCGCCAUCGGUUUGAAAGAGCGCUUCAGACCUCAUGACUUGCGUUAUGGUGCUGCUAUUGAGGUCAAAAACCUGCAAGAUCUUCCUGCCCGCAAUGAGUUUCACAUUAGGGAGGCUCUCGGGCACAGCUGGAAGGCCCUCUGA